AUGUCUCUUACAGUAGAGAAAACCACCGCUGGCCGUGAGUACAAGGUCAGAGACCUUUCUCAAGCCGAUUUUGGUCGUCUCGAAAUUGAGUUGGCUGAAAUCGAGAUGCCCGGACUCAUAUCCUGCAGGACCGAGUUCGGACCAUCCCAGCCCUUCAAAGGUGCUAGAAUCACCGGAUCUCUUCACAUGACCAUCCAAACCGCUGUCCUCAUCGAAACCCUAACCGCCCUCGGUGCUGAAGUACGUUGGUGUUCCUGCAACAUUUUCUCAACUCAAGAUCACGCUGCCGCCGCCAUAGCUCGUGACAGUGCCGCUGUAUUCGCCUGGAAGGGUGAAACCCUACAGGAGUACUGGUGGUGUACUGAACGCGCUUUGGAUUGGGGUCCCGGUGGUGGUCCUGAUCUGAUUGUUGACGAUGGUGGUGAUGCCACUCUUUUGAUCCAUGAAGGUGUUAAAGCUGAAGAGAUUUUUGAGAAAACUGGUGAGGUUCCUGAUCCUACCUCUACUGAUAACGCUGAGUUUCAGCUUGUGCUUACCAUCAUUAGAGAUGGGUUGAAGACUGACCCUAAAAGGUACCGUAAGAUGAAGGAUAGACUUGUUGGUGUUUCGGAAGAGACUACAACUGGUGUUAAGAGGCUUUAUCAGAUGCAAGCUAGUGGAACUCUUUUGUUCCCUGCUAUUAAUGUCAAUGACUCUGUCACCAAGAGCAAGUUUGAUAACUUGUAUGGAUGCCGUCACUCUCUUCCCGAUGGUUUGAUGAGGGCUACUGAUGUUAUGAUUGCUGGGAAAGUGGGUGUUGUCUGUGGAUACGGAGAUGUUGGAAAGGGUUGUGCUGUUGCCUUGAAGCAAGCUGGAGCUCGUGUGAUUGUGACUGAAAUUGAUCCAAUCUGUGCCCUUCAGGCUCUCAUGGAAGGAUUCCAGGUUUUGACUCUUGAUGAUGUUGUCUCUUAUGCUGACAUCUUCGUUACCACCACUGGUAACAAGGACAUCAUCAUGGUUGGUGACAUGAGGAAAAUGAAGAACAAUGCCAUUGUUUGUAACAUUGGUCAUUUUGACAAUGAAAUUGAUAUGUCCGGCCUUGAGAACUACCCUGGUGUCAAGCGUAUCACCAUCAAGCCUCAAACCGACAGGUGGGUUUUCCCUGAGACCAAAACCGGCAUCAUUGUCUUGGCUGAGGGUCGAUUGAUGAACUUGGGAUGUGCCACUGGACACCCUAGUUUUGUGAUGUCCUGCUCUUUCACCAACCAGGUCAUUGCUCAACUUGAGUUGUGGAAUGAGAGGAAAUCUGGAAAGUAUGAAAAGAAGGUUUACGUUUUGCCUAAGCAUCUUGAUGAGAAGGUGGCUGCACUUCACCUUGGCAAGCUUGGAGCUAGACUCACCAAGCUUACCCAAUCACAGGCUGAUUACAUCAGUGUGCCAGUUGAGGGUCCUUACAAGCCAGCCGCCUACAGGUUUGUAUGGAUCCUGAAGUGGCAAUCUAAUGUAAUAAUCAGCCUGAGAUUGGUGAGUUUAUUAUCAAGAUGGCCAGUUCCUCAUCAACGUGUUUAG